UGGUUCCGCAUUUUGGGUCUGGAAGGUGGGGGAGGAGUACUAGGCGGGUUCAGUUGCUCACCCGCUUGCACCGGCUUUGCAUCGGUUCCACCCGGGCUUGGAGCUGUGGCGGCGCCGGCUUCGGCUGUCCGCCGGCUUCGGACCUUCGGCUCCUUCCCGGUUCCGCGCGGACUCCGAGUCCUGACCGCGGCAGGGGCCAGCGGCCCCUCCCCUCCGAGGACAGAAGAUGAGCUUCCUCUUUAGUAGCCGCUCUUCUAAAACAUUCAAACCAAAGAAGAAUAUCCCUGAAGGAUCUCAUCAGUAUGAACUCUUAAAACAUGCAGAAGCAACUCUAGGAAGUGGGAAUUUGAGACAAGCUGUUAUGUUGCCCGAGGGAGAGGACCUCAAUGAAUGGAUUGCUGUUAACACUGUGGAUUUCUUCAACCAGAUCAACAUGUUAUAUGGAACUAUCACAGAAUUCUGCACUGAAGCAAGCUGUCCAGUCAUGUCUGCAGGUCCAAGAUAUGAAUAUCAUUGGGCAGAUGGUACUAAUAUUAAAAAGCCAAUCAAAUGUUCUGCACCAAAAUACAUUGACUAUUUGAUGACUUGGGUUCAGGAUCAACUUGAUGAUGAAACUCUUUUUCCUUCUAAAAUUGGUGUCCCAUUUCCUAAAAACUUUAUGUCUGUGGCAAAGACCAUUCUAAAGCGUCUGUUCAGGGUUUAUGCCCAUAUUUAUCACCAGCACUUUGAUUCUGUAAUGCAGCUGCAGGAGGAAGCCCACCUCAACACCUCCUUUAAGCACUUUAUUUUCUUCGUUCAGGAGUUUAAUCUGAUUGAUAGACGUGAGUUGGCCCCUCUUCAGGAAUUAAUUGAGAAACUUGGAUCAAAAGACAGAUAAAUUUUUCUUCUGGAACAGUUACCUUCUUGCUUCAUCUACUGCUAGAGCUAUCUCAUUGCUUUCUGUUAUAGACUAGUGAUACAGACUUUAAGAAAACAGGAUAAAAAGACACCAGUUGCCUGUGUCUACUGAUAAAAUUGUCCCAAAGGUAGGUUGGCCUAAUACCUUCAGAGAGAAAUUCAGGACAUGGCUGAAUUUAAGGCACUGUAUGAUCACUGCUGUUAUUACCACAGAGUCAUUUUUGGUUGUAGUAUAUGAGGACUCACUUGCAGUUUAUUAGUUUACUUACUCAUUUACUGAAGAAGAUGACUGAAGUCUGAUUCAGGUAACAGCAUGAUGGAUAUAAAAAAUUUCUGCCAAUAAUUUGUUAACAAGCUUCCAGAACAAAUUUCCUAAUAAUGCAAUCAGAUCAGUUUUAUUCUGCUUUUAUUUCACAAAUAGAAGAGGCAUUUUCAAAUUUUCUUUAGAUUAAAAACAUUUGUGUCACUUUGGAUACCCUUUUAGUUUGAAGUUUGUAUGCUAGUGUUUUUAUAGGUUAUAUACAUGUAUUUUUUCAAAAUCCAUGAUUGCAGUUUAAAUCAUCAUAAGACAUGGUAUGGGAGUAACCAGAGUUAUUUCUAAAAUGACUUUAUUAUUUAAUCUUUAUUUGGGAUUUUAUUCACAGCCUAUCUAGAUUUUUAGUGUGUAUCAAAGAACUUUUUUAAGGCAUCUAAGAAUUAAUUGUCUUGCAGAUUUUUAUUUUGAAAAGCUUCAUUCAGAUUAAUUUUAAUAUGUAGGUUUUGGCUGAGAAAAGACUUCAAAAAAAAUUAUAACACAUUUGGGUCUCAAAAACCGUUAUUUUCAUUCAUGUUUUUGGCUUCAGAGGCCUUGAAAUUUGGAUAGGAGAAUAGAAGGAAGUACUUAAGAGUACUUGAUUCUUUUGUUUUGAGUUUUCCUUAAAAGAGAAACUACUUACAUGUAUUUUUAUUGUGUCUUGAGACUUAGUUAAGAGUAGUGUAGAAAUGCAUGAACUUUAUCCCAGUAAGGUUAAAACGUAAGGAAAGCCGUAAUAAAAAACCUUAAAGGUGCGCACAUUUUAUAGCCCAGCUAAAAGUUCAGUGUGCUACAUGUUCUUUAAUGUGUGUGUCUGUGCUGGGGGUGGGGGUAUAUGUUUAAAGGAGACAAAAAUGGGAUAAGUAAAAAACUUCAUUCUGUUAAUAGUCAAGGGGUGGAUUGGCGUUUUAUUCUGUUUUAAUUGUUUUUGUAUCAAAACUUGAAAUUAUUCUGUUGGGGUAAAAAGAAUCUCCUUUAGUGAAGAAAAGAUCUAAUUUUCACUAGAUUUUUCAGAUAUAGACUGUUUGAAGUGUAUUGAGGCACACAUAUUACUAAAGACUUGCCAGACUGGCAACACUUGAAGUUCGUUUGUUUCAGAGCUAUGAUUUUUUGCAAAGUACUCACCAUGUUCCUUGAUACCUUUGGUUAAGGUUAAAUUUGAAGGGUUUUUUGGUUAUUUAUUUUUAUUAUUCUACUAGAUUGUAAAGAAAAAAUGACUUAGAAACUCCAUUUUUGUAAUAACUCAAUUUCAAUAAAUUCUUAAAUAUAUAUAGAAUUUUAUAGGAAACAAAACAUUUUAUCUGAUUUAGGCUGAAACCAUACAUUGUUGUUUUGGGAAAUAGUGGGAAAAUCCCUUAUUAAAAAAGUCCUCUAUGAAACAUUCCAUAAUCCUCAUUUUAAGAUUAUCCAAAAGAACCAUCAGGCAUUCUGUAUGUUUAUGUUGAUCAUUUCGAAACAAGAAGGUUUUUAGAAUGUUAGGAUGUUACUGCCUCUUGACUUUGAACAUUGUUGGCUUUAAUUAAGUAUGCUAGGAAUGAAAUAUUUCUCAAAUAAGAUUGUAUUUUUAUCAUUUCUAAUAUUUUAAGUAUCAUCAAAUAAAAGUGUUCUUACUUUCCUUCAUUUAUUUUCAGUGGUAGAAAUCCUCCCUCUCUUCAUGACUUAGAGCCCUAAAACUAAGUAACUAAAGUAAAAGUAGUAGAGACAGCUUAAUAAUGGGACAUAAAUUUUAAAAUUUGUUGGUAAUUAAGAAUUCAGGUAAUUCAAAAUGUCCCUUUUUUAAAAAAUAAAAGCAAUACCAAAAAAAGAAAAAGCAUUCCCAGUUAAUCUGGCUUAACCAACAAUGCAACCAAACAUUAGUUUAACAUUAUUUAUUUACAUCCAAGGCCAGGGAGUGAACAGGAGAGAUGGAGCAGAGAACAUAGAGAAGAUAGCACCUUCUGGGCUUGGCUGGAAGGCCAGCCUUUGAUUAAAGCUGGAAGGAGUCUGUCUUUCUUUGACUGCUCUCAGUCUUGAUUUAUCUCCCUGAGUAACACUCACUCCCCUGGCUCCUCCUAAUCAGAAGUCCUCUCUCCGAGGUGUCUCAUCACUGCUCUUCACACCCGACUAAAAGCAUGGGUUGGAUAGUACUUGCUGAAUUAUGCAGUUAAUCCUAUGGUGCUUUAAUUUCCAGGCCUUUAAAAAAAACUUUUGGACAAUGAUGUACAGAUUUUUGUUUAAAUAGUGAAACUUCCUUGUACUACAGUUUUUGUAUUGACAACCAAAUGGCUCCUUUAUUCUUUGCCAAACUGUGAAAAAAGUGGUUUUUAGUAGGCUGCCAGUUAACAAAGUAUUUCCUUUCAUCUUAAGACCUAUAGAUUCUUAGCUCAUGUAGCUGCCUGCUUGAGAAAUGUACAUCUGUAUGCAUCAUGACAUUGAUAACAGCAAAAGGAAAGUUUUUCUAGUACAGCAGAGGCAAGAGGAGCAGUCCUGGUGGUGAUGUUAAUUUUUCAAAUAUUUUUGAGAUUUCUUGAUUAUGCUGUUUGGCCCUCUCUCUGAGCAGUGAGGUUGCAUUAGAAGUGGAGAAGCUUCUGAAUAUUACAUCAUUACCUCAUAAGCAUAAACAAACCGGUCCCAAAGGGUGUGAGUCCUAGAAAUCUGUUUCUAAGCAGCUUCAGUCAUGCUGCUGGUGUCACCUUAGCCUGAUUAUAGGAGUCUGUCUGCUUUCUGUAGAAUUCUGGCCUGAAAAUACUAGCUGGGACACCAAACUAAGCAGCUUCAACAGGGACAUUAUUUCCUCCUCAUACCAGUUCAGUAACUGGAUUUGGAUUUUAACUAUUGUACAAUUCUAGCAAAGAGGGAAAAUAGUAGCUCCUCAGUCUUCCUGUGCUUUUGCAUUAGAUUUUGAUAUUUCAGACUGUAAUGGGCUUUGGGGUGGUAGCAGUAAUUUUACUGAAGCAACUGUAUUGAAAUUCACUUGGGUUUUCUCUCAUCAGAUUCUGUUUCAAACAAGUAUUCUGUAAAUCCAAAUGGAUUACCAGUGUGCUAUAGAUUUAUUAUAGGACAACAUUCUAUGUUUGGUCUACAUUGAAAAUAACUUGCUUAAGUUAGUCUUGGUUAUCUAAAAUAUUUUUAAAUGUUCUUUACAUGAAAAUUUAUUUUGUAUUUUUAAACCUUUAGGGGCUUUAUCUAUUUUUCUAAGUCGGUUAACUGUACUUUUUUAAGAAAGUGUUUUGUAUCUACUUUUGUAACUUCAUCAGAAUAAAAUAUAUUGAAAGAAAGAAAGGACUGAUGAAAGUAUGUCUCAACACAUUUGUUUCUAUUUAACUGUGAAACUUGAGAUAUUUUUGCAGGGUCUGUGGAAGGUUACCUUGGCUUAUCAUUUGAUUCAUGUCAAUGUAUGACAAAACCCACUGAAAAAAUAAAUAAAUAAAUAAAUUUAAAAAAAAAAAAGAAAGGGAAGUUCCUAAGUGAACUACAUGUAUUAUAAUACCAGGGCCCCACCCCGACGAAACAAACUGUGCCUUGGGAUGCAGUGGCUAAAACCGAAUCCAGACAAAAAAAAUAAGUUGUCUUCUUACCAUGCUGGACAAUCUGUUGACCUCUUCUAUACAUUCCUGAUUAUGAGAUUGAGAAAAGGGAAGAGGAAAGACUAGACUCAUUAAUUUUCUGACCUUGAAACGAGUACUCAGCAUAUCUGUAAGACACCCCACACCCACCCUAAACAGCCAUUUUUCAUUAUCAUAGGAGAAAUACUAGUUAUUUUUAGAGGUUCAAAUUACAGAUGCCUAAUUUUAGGUCUGUUUAAUAUAGCAUUGCUAAAAUUGUUUUGACCUUUUUUAAGUAGAGUUAAUAAAAACUUAAUGAAUGUGGCUAAAUAAUAUGGCUUAACACUCAUUUUAUAUAGAGAUAUGGGUAAACUAGUAAUCAAAAUUUGAACUUUCUUUUAUGAUGGUUAUAUUUUUAUGGGCUUGAAACCUAUUGCUAAAGUGUUGAGUUUGUAAAAGUGUCUAGUGGUUAAGUUUGAAAGCAUUUUAAACUUCAUGAGUGAGUAAAAGAACUCAAAUAUUUGGGAAGGCCAGAGUCUGACUUUGAAGCCGCACAGCCAGAAACUGUCCAAACCAUGCCUUGGGUGUUUUCUAGCAAAUACCCCAAUGCUGUUAGGAUGGAUUUGGACCCGAUAGCUUGCCUUCUUGUUACUAGCCACUAGAUGUCAGUGAACUUUGUAACUCCUCCCCAAAGCUGGUCAAGCAUCUGCCUUGACCAGAAUAAAGGACUUGACUUAGUA